CAGAAAACCCAUAGACAUACAAUUUUCGCUUAGAAAACCAGUUAAAAAAAAAAUUUUAAAAGAAAAUAUUUCGGAAAAUAAGCAGGUAUUUUCCAUGUAUUUUCGAUAAGUGUACACACGGAAUAAUAAAACCUCAAUGUAUGAUUUUCCUAUUGUUUUUGCUUCCUACAUCCAUGUAACACAAUUCAGUCUUUAAGUAUUUAUUAUACACAAAGCAUCGAUGUACACAAAGUGAAUACCUUCUAUGAUGCUAAUCAUAAAUUAAUGCUAAUGGUGGUAGGUAACAUACAUUGUUAUAGGAAAACCAACAAUCACACAAAACAAAACAUUACAAUUGUAUGGUAAACAUUGAAAAUGCGGUGUUGCGUGGCUUUCUGCAAAAAUACUUCCGACGAUGUGUCCCCAUCAGAGAGGAAGGGGAUUAGCUUUCACGGUUUCCCCAGUGAUACGCGUCUCCGUGCUGAUUGGCUCAGAGCCCUCGGCAAGCAAGACAGUCACCUGCCAGACUCCGCUGUGGUCUGCUCGCAGCAUUUUCUAGCUGAUGACAUUUACAAAACAGAAAGUGGCUUAAAGCAGCUUGUUACUGGUGCUAUUCCUUCAACGGUGCAGGUUUGCACGAUAUGCCUAGACACUGACAGCAAGAUGUUUCUGAUGAGUAAACUCAAACUGGAAGAAGCAUAUGAAAAGUUAACGGGACAUCCGUUGUGUGAUCAAGGAAACCUAAAACAAGUGGUUUGUGUACAAUGUGCUCAAAGAUUGAAAAACUUUCGGCGAUUUAGAGACAAGAGCUUGAGAGCCCGCGCGCUGAUGAUGGACUUAGUUGAAAAACAUGAAUUAAUUACUAGACGUCAUCUAAAAAUGAUAAAUCGCACAAAACACCAACUAAGAAAUAAUUUUGUGAUGACAAUGCUAGGACCUGAUCCCUGUGACUUGUACAUACUAGAAGACCCCUCAGAAGACAAACAGACAGAAUCGCAGGCAACGGAACACAGAGUUGAAGUGAAAGAGGGAGAGGAAAAUUAUGACUGUAUGUCGGUUGAUGAAGACAUGGAAGUGUCAAAUGAAGAUGACACUAUUGACAUAACAGACAAUGUCAAUGACGAGUUUGUUGCGUUUCAUGAAGGAUACUUAUCUGACGAUAGCAUAAAGUUGGAAUUAAAACUUCUGGAUGAAGCUAUUCUCGAAGCUCUCGGGAGAAACCGAGCCGUUGCAGAACAAGUGACUGAAACACUGGAGCCGAUAAAGUGUGAAAGUGCUCCCUUCGAAUGUACUCUUUGUCCUGAGGAGUUUGUCUGUGAACUUGCUUAUAUGCAACAUAUGAGCAUGCAUAUCCAGAACAGUGAUGGAGACUGUGGCAUGUCCCGAGUAUGCAAGCCUCAUACAGCUGUGAGCUCCAGCUCCUCACACUCUUCACUCCUGACAGAGAACAGGCAGGCCGUUCAGAAGCUGAAUGAUGCCCCUCUUCGUUCCACAGACUCGGCUCUAACCUCGGAUGCUCUUUUAUCCGCGGGCAUUGCGACGAGUAUCGAAAACCAAGCGCAAUUAGAAGACGCCGGUACAGUCCAGAAAAGUAAACAAGUUUUGAAACUAAGCAAUAGCGAAUUGACAAAAAAACAAUUCCACAACCAAUGUGCGGAUACCAGUAGUAAGACAAACACUAAUAAAUUAACAAAUUGUGUAGUCAAAUUAUACGAUGUCUUCAAGACACAUAACAGACAUGUACUAAUACGAGACAAAAAGCUGGUGACAAACCGAACAACUGCUAAAGAUUUCAACUGUCAGGUAGUUAGUGAGAAUGAAGACAUGAGAGAUGCGAUAGAAGAUAUUGCUCCUUUCACUAAUAAAGUGGAAGUUAAUAAGCUUAAUGUUUCAAAAACUUUACAAAGUGAAACUGAAUGUUCCAAAAGUGACAAUUGUACAAAUAAUUUACUUAUUGAGAAAAAAUCGUUUACUUGUGACUUAUGCGGGAAUAUGUUCAAAAGAAAAGAUAACUUAGUUAGACACCUUAAGAUACACACUGACAUGUCAUUCGCUUGCAAGUUAUGUCCAUAUAAAGCUAAUCGUAAAAGUAAUUUCAACCAACACAUGCGAACUCACACUGGUGAAAAAUCUUUUUCUUGUGAGUUAUGCGAGUAUAAAGCUGCGCUUAAGCGUCAUUUAGUAAGUCAUAUGAGAACCCACACUGGUGACAAACCGUUUUCUUGUGAGUUAUGCGAGUACAAAACUGGUUCUAAAUAUAGUUUAGUACUUCACAUGCGAACUCACACUGGUAAGAAAUCUUUUUCUUGUGAGUUAUGCGAGUAUAAAGCUGCGCUUAAGCAUCGAUUAAUACGUCAUAUGAGAACUCACACUGGUGAAAAACCGUUUUCUUGUGAAUUAUGCAAGUACAAAACUAGUUCUAAAUAUAAUUUAGUACCUCACAUGAGGAGUCACACUGGUGAAAAACCAUAUUCUUGCAAGUUUUGCAAAUAUAAAUCUUCACGAAGUAGUGAUUUAGUUACUCACAUGAGAACUCACACUGGUGAUAAACCAUAUUCUUGCAAGUUUUGCAAAUAUAAAUCUUCACAAAGUGGUGAUAUAAUUACUCACAUGAGAACUCACACUGGUGAAAAACCAUAUUCUUGCAAGUUUUGCAAUUAUAAAUCUUCACACAAUGGUGGUUUAGUUACUCACAUGAGAAAUCAUCACACUGGCGAAAAACCAUAUUCUUGCAAGUUUUGCAACUAUAAAUCUUCACAAAAUAGUGGUUUAGUUACUCACAUGAGAACUCACACUGGUGAAAAACCAUAUUCUUGCAAGUUAUGCAAUUACAAAUCUUCACGAAAUAGUCAUUUAGUGAGCCACAUGAGAACUCACACUGGUGAAGAAGAACCCUAUUCUUGCAAGUUAUGCAAAUAUAAAUCUUCAGAAAAAAGCAAAUUAGUCCGCCACAUGAGAACUCACACUGGUGAAAAACCCUAUUCUUGCAAGUUAUGCAAAUAUAAAUUUUCACAAAAUAGUGGUUUAGUAAGUCACAUGAGAACUCACACUGGUGAAAAACCUUUUUCUUGUGAGUUAUGCGAGUAUAAAGCUGCUCAUAAACGAAGUUUAGUGAUACACAUGCGGGCUCACCAGCGAAAAACUCUUUUCUUGUGAGUAUAAAACUUCGUAAAGUUCAAUUAAUGAAGCACAUGAGAACUCUCACUGGUUAAGGGGCAUGAGACGGGUCUGCCCGCGAAAUUCUAAUUUAAUUUGGAUUUUCAGGAUUUGGAAACUUAUAGGACAAAGUAGGCUUAUGGCAUUUGAAUUGCGCCAAUGGCAGUAUCAUCCUCACAGGUUUAUAUAAAAAUCUUUACUUGAAAGCGUUCAGUUUAAGAAAUUAGCUAUAGUAUCGAGUAAUUUGUGAGUAGCUCAUGUCAAGCUCAUUAUCUUGACCAAUUUUUUUUAACUAAACACUUUCAACAUCCGAACGUUCCGAACAUUUAUUUUGUAACUAAUUUUCAGCCGCGAACUAUAGUACCUUUGAAUGUUUAUUUUGGCUGGGCUAACUUGUGACCUUUUUAACCUUCGACCCAAAAAGAGGGGUGUUAUAAGUUUGACGUGUGUACCAUUGUAUCUGUCUGUGGCACCGAAGCUUCUAAAUUAAUGAACCGAUUUCAAUUUAGUUUUUUUUGUUUGAAAGGUGGCUU